AUGUAUAUCGACCUCAACGUCCCUAUACCUGCAAUUGUAGAUGUUGCACCGGUUCGGUCAAAAAAGAAUAAGGGCAAACAACCCCAGCAACCUCAGAAACAGCAGCCGGCGGUGUCGUUCACUCCUGCCCAGUUGUCUUCAAUAGAGGCGAGGAUUGAAUUGCUCGUGUAUUGUAGGGUAGUAGGAUAUACCGUUUUUGCCCUGAAUCAAACAGCACAGAAAAGGGUCGACCCGAAGACCCAUGUUAAUAUCCUUGACCCUUUACUCUCACAGCUGCGAAAGCGCAGUGGUGUAGCGUUUCUGAAACGCCUCACAAUAGUCUUAGACGAGGACAGCGACAAGGGUUUUGGCCUGACAACAGGAAACGCCUCUCUUUUCGCACCUUACGAUCUCAUAGCCCUUCUCCCUACGACCGCAGCAUCAUUUUCUCUCGCAUGUCUCUCACAUACAAGCCCCUCACCGCUUACCGCGCACAUCAUUUCCCUACCGCUCACUUUACCUCGACUACCCUUCAAUCUCAAGCAUACAAUGGUGCGCACCGCACUAAAAAAUGGCACGGUCUUCGAGGUGCCCUAUGCAGGUGCCCUUGGCGCGGAAAGCGAUACUGCUGGAGCGCUUGUAGGUGGGAGCGAGGGCGGGUCAGGCGCGAAACGGAACUGGUGGGCAGCAGCACGCGAGGUCGUGAGGGUGACGAAGGGUAAGGGUAUCAUCGUUACUGGCGGUGUCAUGAACCAAGUAGACUUGCGUGCACCGAGAGACAUUGGGAACUUGAUUACGCUACUCGGCCUGCCACAGAAUCUUGCACACGAUGCGUCUACUAAAAUCCCACAAUCGUUGAUUCUCCGCGCACAAACUCGGAAGACAUAUCGUGCCGUGUUCUCCGAGCCAACAGUGAUUAUCCCAGAGCCGUCAUCUUCACAGCCUGCGAUCACUCUGGAAGCACUCGCAGAAUCCAUCGAGAGUUCUCGCCCAUCUGUCGAAUCAGACACUGACGGAAUCGUUGGCAAGAAGCGGGCGCGUCCUGACGAUGAUAUUACCUCCCAAGUGGAGCCGUCUGUUGCGCCAAAGCAGGUUGGGAAGGCUGAGGAGUCGCUCAGGAAGAAAAAGAAGGCAGGGCGCGGCGGGAAGGACGGUAGCUGA